AUGGCGUUGUCAGCUGCCGUUGGCAAGCAGUACAAGCUCGUGAGUAGCGAUAACUACGAUGCUUAUCUAAAGGAGCUCGGCAUGGGUUUGGUCCAAAGGAAAAUGGGCAAUUCACAGCAACCGAUUAUUUUGCUGCACAAAAUCGAAAGUACGCACAAUUUGAUUACACUGGCAAAUGUGGAACAGGAGCCGACGAUUUUAACUUUCAAAUUGGACAAAGCAUUUGAUGAAGAAACGUAUGAUUUGCGUAAAGUAAGCAAUGUAUUGCAUAUGUUCGAUAAUACAUUGGUGCAAGAGCAAAAGGGCAUUGUGGCCGCCAAGAUCACACGUGAAUUUCACCACACUAAAAUGAUAGAGACUUUAGUGGCCAAUAAAGUGGUGGCUGUUAGAGUUUUUCGUGCGCUGGAGGAGGAUGAAAUGGAGGAUAUGUCUGAGGUGAUCGGAAAGCUUGAAGCAGACGAACGGCAACGGCAAGCUGAUGGCGAAGAAAACAGUAGAUCUAAAAGUAAAUUGGAAAAAAAGGAACAUUAG